AUGCGAGUCAUCACACUUGUACCGUCAAGCGCUGCGGAUGUCCCUGUCAAGGUCAUACAUCCAUAUGCCCAUCCCUUCUUGCAACUUCCACGGGAUCGCUACUCCACUCCUCAUGGCCAUCGUCACCCAGAUCCACAUUCAAUCGUUCCACCACGCCUUACGAUGUCGCUUGGCCCUGUGUUACCACCGUCACAGCCUGCUUGCUCCCAGCCGCACGUUACAGCUGUUAUCAUCAGCGCUGUGCUUUUCUCUCUCCAAUAUUAUCCUCGUUCAUCCUCUUCAACACCUAUUCUAGCAGUACCACGUCGGAUCUGGUGCAGACGGAAAAGAAAGCAUGCGACUUUCGAUUUUUUUUUAAAACCUUGA